AUGACCAGCCGAGAGCUCACAAACCUGCAUGAGAUACAAUCGAUCACAUCCGGGCUGCGAAAGAAAUUCGCACACCUACUUUCAGAAAGUAUGAGGAAGAUAAAAGAGGUUAAAUACACAAGAAAAGAGCAGAAGGAGCGCCUCAACCACGAUGUACACACGAUACGGACAGAAAUAAAAAAAAAUGAGGAGGAAAUAAAACAUCUUCGGAACAGCCUGGAGAAGCUAGAGCGCACGCUGGACAGGGAAAGGAAUGAGCUAUCCGAUGCGCAGCGCGAAAAUGACAGCCUGUACAAACAGGUGGCGGAACACGAGGAGAACAAAAAGAAUCUUGCGCGGCUUACCAGUGAGAUAGAGAGACGAGUGCUGGGGUUGCGGGCACAGAGAACAAAUGAGAUGCGCAGCACCGAAACGAACGAGAAGCGGCUCGAAUCGGGAGCCAGCCAGUACAGAAAGGCACUGGGAAUAAACAUCACACAGAUAUGCGAUAACAUGCUCAAGAUUGAGUUUUUCAAUUUCGAUGAGACCGAUUUGGGCGGGUACAUUGUUAUGGAUUUUAAGGACGACACGGAGAGCGUGACCGAAGUCUGGCCGUGUGUUGUGUCUCUGGAGAAGAUUAACCUAGUGCUGAACAUCUCCGAUGAUUUUUAUGACUUUCUCAAGAGAGUCAGGGGCAUCUUUCACGAUAGCAUCAAGGAGGAUGUCUGUAAGUAAAAAUCGGUUUAUAUCACACAGGCACAGUUUUUUGGCAUUUCAACAGUAUUCCUGCACAUAUCACGUUGUUGCCGUGUCUGCGACGAGCGAAGAAGACUACCAUUUUAUAGUGCGAACCACAAAAGAACAUUCAUCUCAAUGAUCGUGGCCUGUCCACAACACAAAAGACAUUUGCGUUACUGACACAACACGAGUAUGUGCAAAGAAUUGGAAACACUCUGCCCAUCAGGUGUUUUGACUGAUACUUUCUGAUUGACAUCGGAAUAGCCUACCAUUUUGGUGCCCGUUGUACCGAAAAGCUACCGCCUACCAUUCUCAUAAGGAUUAUUUGUUAUGGAGGCUUGCUUCCGUUCAAUCUCAAGAUAUGCC